GUUAAAAAAAAUUCCAAAUCACGACAUCCAACAAAGCAAAGGAGAGAUACUUAUACGAGUUUCCAAAUAAAAAUUACAUAAAUACCAUUUCCAGCAUCUCCUGAAAUCCUGACCGUUUAAAUACCGUUCCCUCUUCCUUCAAAUCGUUCGACUUGCUCUUUGAUUUCUUCACCCCUUUUCUCAGCAUUCCUGUUCUAUAUCAGCUCUGGUCUGUGGUGGGCCUUCUUGAUUUCCAACGCGGAUUUGGUUUUUCAUCUCACAUCUACAGUCCAUGAGCUGUUCCUGAUGAGAUGGGUCCAAGUCCUUGAGAAGCAUCUCAUGGAGGACACAGGCAAGGUUGCUGUAAAUGGAGAAAGAGGUAGCUUGAUGGCCCAUGAGCAGAAUGGAGUGCUAGUUUCAAGUCCUUUAAGUGGUGGAAGAAGAGAAAUAGCUAGUAGAUCAUUUUCAGGAAUGAAGCCUAUAGGUGAUGACGAUAUUGACUUGGAAGGUGGUAAAGAGACAAAAGAUAAAGAAAAAACUAUACGCAGCAACAGGCCAGUCAAAAUCCAAAAUCAAGCUUUAUUGUCUGGCCUUGCAUAUUGUGUCUCAUCAUGCAGCAUGAUAUUGGUUAACAAGUUUGUGCUGUCAAGCUAUGAUUUCAAUGCUGGAAUAUCUUUGAUGCUUUACCAGAAUCUUGUUUCGGUGGUUAUUGUCUCCGUUUUGAGUUUUUUUGGGACUAUCUCAACAGAACCACUGACAUGGAGAUUGAUUCGUGUUUGGUUGCCUGUGAAUUUUAUAUUUGUCGGAAUGCUUAUUACCAGCAUGUUUAGUUUGAAGUAUAUUAAUGUCGCUAUGGUAACAGUCCUGAAGAAUGUCACAAAUGUCAUAACUGCCCUUGGAGAAAUGUACCUUUUCAAGAAGCAUCAUGAUAGCAGGGUCUGGGCUGCUCUGGUCUUAAUGAUCAUUUCAGCGAUAUCUGGAGGAAUCACCGACAUCACCUUUCAUGCUGUUGGAUAUACAUGGCAGCUUAUAAAUUGUUUCCUCACAGCAUCAUAUUCGUUAACAUUACGAAGAGUCAUGGAUACAGCGAAGCAAGUGACCAAAUCUGGGAACCUAAAUGAAUUUUCAAUGGUGUUGCUUAAUAACGUCCUCUCGUUGCCUCUGGGGUUGCUGCUUAUGUUUGUAUUCAAUGAAGUGGACUACCUUUCUAAAACGCCGCUCUUGAGGAUGCCCAUGUUCUGGUUGGUGAUGACAUCAAGUGGGUUCUUAGGCCUUGCCAUCAGCUUCACUUCAAUGUGGUUUCUUCAUCAGACGGGUGCUACUACAUACAGCCUGGUAGGAUCAUUAAACAAGAUUCCCCUCUCCGUCGCUGGAAUCCUUCUAUUCAAAGUUCCAACCAGUCUGGAGAACUUGAUGAGCAUCCUUUUCGGGCUUUUGGCUGGGGUGUUUUUUGCGAGAGCCAAAAUGAUGGAGAGAUCUUAAGUCCUCCAUAUGUAUUAUCUCCAUGCUGCUCAAGACAGUGGGAGGGGAAAUGCCUGGAUGCUUACCAGCAAUGUAACAUUUCAAAUCCACCUAGGCGCAUUGGACUUAAAUGGGUCCAGCUGAACUGAAAUCGAUCCAAGCUCUCAAGGGAGAAGAUCCAAAUACCAUUUGUCUAUUGAUCGCAAAGUUUCCACUGCAGAUGUUGGAUUUGACUGAUGUUUCUUACUUUUUCGUCGCUUCUGGUUGGUCCAUGCGAGGUCAUUUCCAGAACUCAUUUUUCUAUCAUGUAUGCUCCUUGUAAUUGUCAUCAUCAGUGGAUUUUAGCUUUUCAAGUC